AUGUCGGAAGACAUUUUGUACGCGGCACAACAGCAAUGUCCGUCAGCCGAGUUGGGCUACACGGACUUUAUUUACAAUAGGACGCUCAUUCAGGUUGAAGACAUUGAAAUGGGUGGAGCUGCGCUAACUACAUACGGGUUACCUCCGCCAGUGCGAGAUGGCACCGCCGACUUAUCACGCGAAACGUCUUAUUGCACUGCUGACCUCGACCGCUAUGUCCGAGAGAAUGAAUUACGCCUCCUACCAGAACAAAGAACAGCUUACACUACGGUGAUUGACGCCGUCCGACAACAGCGCGGUGGCAUCUUCUUCCUUGACGCACCCGGUGGCACCGGGAAGAUGUUCAUUACAAAACUAAUUCUAGCUGAAAUCAGGCGGCACGGAAACAUCACGCUUGCUGUUGCCUCAUCUAGGAUUGCAGCCAUAUUGCUGUCGGGUGGACAGACAGCGCACUCUAUGUUUAGACUUCCGCUUGACCUUGCCAAGGCCGAAAUUCCAACUUGCAGCAUUUCAAAAGAUUCGGGUCAGGCUGACGUAUUCAGACGUUGUAAACUCUUAGUGUGGGGCGAGUGCACUAUGACUCACAGACAAGCACUCGAGGUGUUGAAUAGGUCACUUCAAGACUCCACUGCUCUCAUGGGUGGCUUGACUCUCCUUCUGUCAGAUGACUUUCGACAAACCCUGCCUGUCAUUCUUAAAGGGACGAGGGCCGAUGCUGUUCGUCCGUGCCUUAAGUCGUCCAACCUCUGGGUCCAUGUCCAGUCAUUGCACCUGACCAUCAACAUGCGCGCUCAUACUACUGGGGACAACAGGUCCGCUGAUUUUUCAAGGGACCAUCUAGCCCUCGGGAAGGGCCGAACGCCUUCAGACGCAGAAGGCUAG